ACAGACUCUGCGUAACUGACGAAGAAAGCCUAUCCAGAGAGACACACAUCUCACGCUGAGGGAAGAGAAUCGUUGUAGGUUUCCCUCGGACUCGGAGGCUCGGGUCUUUGGCAUUGACACUCCACAGGUGAGAAGAAGAAUGAUGAACAAAUUCUAGCUGCAGACUAUAACUUUCAACUUGUACAAUUUCCUGUGAACAUGACACCUGUAGUUCCUUUCUCAGUGAGCAAUGCUGGACUUGUUCCUGCAAUCCCUUUUGUGUCAAGGAAAACUAAUUGUCUGACCAGUAGUAAUUCUUUGGGGAAAAGCACAAAACAAAAAUUACCUUUGCAAAAGCUUUUUGUACCUGUAUCAGCAUCAGUGGGAGUAUUCCCUGGAUACAAAACUGGUUUCUCCGUACUUGGGUCGAGAGUGCAUACCUUAGCAACUGCAGGGACUGAAGUAGCAGUAGAGUCGUCGGAUCCUGCCAUUGCAGGUGAAGAUGCUGAUGGCAUUUCUGAAGUUGAAUCUAAUGCUUUAGAGACAAGUGAAACACCUUCCUUGAGUGACAAUGCCAGUGCUACUCCAAAUAUUAAAUCAAAACGCUCAAGACCAGUUAGGAAGAGUGAGAUGCCACCUGUGAAGAAUGAGGAUUUGGUUCCUGGUGCAACUUUUACAGGGAAAGUAAGAUCAAUCCAGCCAUUUGGUGCUUUUGUUGAUUUUGGAGCUUUCACAGAUGGGUUGGUACAUGUUUCUAGGUUGAGUGAUAGUUUUGUUAAGGAUGUUGGAAGCGUUGUCUCCAUUGGCCAAGAGGUGAAGGUGAGGUUGGUAGAAUUAAAUACUGAGACUGGACGGAUUUCUCUAUCCAUGAGGGAGAGUGAUGAUACCAGUAAGUUCCAGCAACGGAAAGAUGCUACUGCCACUGGGGAUAAGUCAAGAACUACGAGAAGGAAUGGCACAAAGUCAAACCAAAAACGAGAUGAGGUGCAGAAAAGCUCAAAGUUUGUCAAGGGUCAGGACCUGCAGGGCACUGUAAAGAGCUUAACUAGAGCAGGUGCUUUUAUAGCACUUCCUGAAGGUGCGGAAGGAUUUCUUCCUACAUCUGAAGAAUCUGAUGAAGGGUUAGCAGACAUUAUGGGGGGCUCUAUGCUGCAGGUUGGCCAAGAAGUUGGCGUCAAGGUGUUACGUAUCACGAGAGGACAGGUUACCUUGACAAUGAAGAAAGAAGAAAAUGCUGAAAUUUUGAACUCAAAGCUCAGCCAGGGGGUGGUGCAUGUAGCUACUAACCCCUUUUUGUUAGCUUUCCGUAAAAACAAGGAUAUUGCUGCAUUUUUGGAUGAGAGGGAGAAAGUGCAAAAUACAGCUAAAACUACAGUAACACCAAAAACUUCAGAAAAUUUAGAGGGUAAGGUCAAUCAGACUGAAAUGGAGACUGACAUUCCAAAAGUGCCAGACCAGCCAACAAGCAGUGAAGAGGAUCAGGUUAGUGUGCCUUCUGUAGUGGAUAAGGUUGUUGAAGAUGAUAAAACUUCUUCAAAAGAGGAAGGAAACAGAGUGGAAGCAGCAUCUGUUAUUCUAGAUGCUCCUUUCAUGGUACCCGAGAGUGGCAAUGAGAAUACUGAAGGGACAGUCUCUAGUUCAUCACAUAGUGUGGAUGCUUCUAAAGAAGCCAUACUGGAAGAGGAGGUGGUUCCUGAAACGGUGACACCUGAGGCAAGUGUUCCUUCUGAGAACCAGAUACCAGAAGAUGCUCCUGCAACUGAUGGGUUGAAGGGCAAUGGAAAAACUGACCCAGCUGGAGAAAUGAGUGUUGAUCAGAUCUUGUCUUCAGAAAGUGUUGACAGUGAGAAAUUUGUAGAGAGUCAAGUGGAUGUUGCUUUAGUAAAUGAAGAAGUGCAAGCACAGGCACCUUCGACUGUAGAGAACAAUGUCCCUUCAGCUAUGUUGAAUGAACAUGAAAAGGAAGUUAUAAACAGUCAAUCUGACAAUGUUCUAGUAAAUGAUGAAGUAGAAACACAAGCACCUCCAAGUGUGGUGAAUGAAGUCUCUCCAGCUACAUCAAAUGAAGAUGAAAAGGAAGUUAUGAAGAGUCAAGCUGAUGAUGCUUUAGCAAAUGAUGAAGUGCAGACACAAGCACCUCUGACUGUAGAGAAUGAAGUCACUUUGGCUACAUCAAACAAAGAUGAGAAAGAAGUCAUAACAAGUCAAGCUGAUGAUGCUUUAACAAAUGAUCAAGUGCCGACACAAGCACCUCUUACUGUAGGCAAGGAAGUCCCUUCAGCUACAUCAAACGAAAAUGAAAAGUUGCCACCGACACCUGAGAAGAAUGGCAAUGCCAGCAACUCGAAUGGACAGGCUGACAGUUCUCCCCAGGCAACCUCAACUAAAGCAACCAUAUCUCCAGCUCUUGUAAAGCAGCUCCGUGAAGAAACAGGAGCGGGCAUGAUGGAUUGUAAAAAGGCUCUUGCAGAAACUGGAGGGCACAUUGUUAAAGCUCAAGAGUACCUCAGAAAGAAAGGCUUAGCAAGUGCAGAUAAGAAGGCCAGCAGAAUUACAGCAGAGGGUAGGAUUGGUUCAUACAUUCAUGAUAGCAGGAUUGGGGUCCUGAUUGAGGUGAAUUGUGAGACAGAUUUUGUGUCACGGGGUGACAUAGUCAAGGAGUUAGUUGAUGACCUUGCGAUGCAAGUGGCUGCCUGCCCUCAAGUGCAGUAUCUUAAUGUUGAUGAUGUUCCUGAAGAGAUUGUGAACAAGGAAAGGGAGAUCGAGAUGCAAAAGGAAGAUCUAUUGUCAAAACCAGAGCAGAUAAGAUCUAAGAUCGUGGAGGGUCGGAUCAAUAAGCGGCUUGGGGAGCUUGCUCUGCUGGAGCAGCCUUAUAUAAAGAAUGAUAAAUUGGUAGUAAAGGAUUGGGUGAAGCAGACAAUCGCAACCAUUGGAGAAAAUAUUAAGGUAAAUAGGUUUGUGCGUUACAAUCUUGGAGAAGGGUUGGAGAAAAAAACCCAAGAUUUUGCUGCAGAGGUGGCAGCCCAAACUGCAGCAAAGCCCUUGCCUGCUGCACCAGCAAAAGAUAAAUCUGCUGCUGUUGAAGCCAAGGACACUGUAGAAAAACCACCAACAGUAACCGUCUCUGCAGCACUAGUCAAGCAACUACGUGAAGAAACAGGUGCAGGCAUGAUGGAUUGCAAGAGAGCUCUCGCAGAAACUGGAGGUAACCUUGAGAAAGCACAGGAGUACCUUCGAAAGAAGGGUCUUUCAACUGCUGACAAGAAAUCCAGCCGUCUUGCUGCAGAAGGAAGGAUUGGAUCCUACAUCCAUGAUUCUCGUAUUGGGGUACUGAUUGAAGUCAACUGUGAAACUGACUUUGUUGGUAGAAGUGAGAAAUUCAAGGAGUUGGUAGAUGAUAUUGCUAUGCAGGUUGUGGCCUGUCCACAAGUACAAUUCGUCUCCAUUGAAGAUAUUCCAGAGAGUAUAGUGAACAAGGAAAAAGAGCUGGAAAUGCAACGAGAGGACUUGCUGUCAAAGCCAGAGAACAUAAGAGAGAAGAUUGUAGAGGGCCGGGUCUCAAAGAGGCUUGGAGAACUUGUACUCUUGGAACAGCCCUUCAUCAAGAAUGACAGUUUGCUGGUGAAAGAUUUGGUGAAGCAGACUGUUGCUUCUCUAGGGGAGAACAUAAAGGUUCGAAGGUUUGCCAGAUUCACUCUUGGGGAGGCAAGCAAGAAUGGUCAAACAGCAACCUGAAGGCUAUAGCUGAAAAAGGAACUCAUACAGCUAAUGGAGCAAUUCCAGAAAUUAGCCUUGGGAUUAUGGUUACACUAUGGAAGCAGGACCACAACUACCAGGCAUCUUUGAGGUAAAUCUACUGCAAACUGAGGUUACUAUUUCAUUAUUUUUGUUGUGCCAAGAGAGAAUUAGGUGAGAGAUGAAGCGGUAACUGAUGUCCCUCUUGUAUUUAUUAUUUAAAGCUACUUCUGCAUCUAAAUCUUGAGAC